AAAGUAUAAAAACAAGAGUCCCAUGCCCUACACACAAAACCUCCUUGUGCUCCGUCUCGGGUGAGAUGUAAUUGUAAGUGACUCUGCAGCUAGUCUCUGUAAGUCACCUUGGAUAAAGGCGUCUGCCAAGUAAACAAAUAAUAAUAAAAUAAAUAACAAUGUUGAAAUAACCUUUGGUUUUGUGUGUAGGCCUUGGGACCCUUAUUUUGAUACUUUGCCCAAGUCUGCCGUUUUAAAUACCGGAAGUAGUGGCCUUAACUUAUUGUUGCUGGCUUCACACUGGUAGUCAGUUUAGUAUUAUUUUUUAUGUUCUGACAAGAAAAAUCAAGGAAUCAGUGUGUUUAUGCUUUUGUAAAUGAUCUUUUGCCUGGCUACGAAACCGAAAAGUGGAGGGUGGAAGCUAACCCUAAUAUUCAGUUGCAGUGCUGGUAUGGAGGGCUCCAAAUCUUCCAGCUCCACUAUGCAGGUGAGCUUCGUGUGUCAGCGCUGCAGCCAGCCUCUCAAACUGGACACCUCCUUCAACGUGCUGGAUAAGGUCACUAUCCAAGAGCUUAUAGCACCGUUAGUCACUGUAACACAAAUAAAACCAGACGAAAGCAAUGUGGACAACAAUGUACCAGAGGAAACAUUUGUGGAAAACAAACAAGAUGGAAUAUCUAGGAAAUACAUCCCUCCUGCUAGGGUGCUGUCCACAGAGAGUGCCAACAGUUUCACACUCAUUGGAGAGGCCUCUGAUGGGGGGACCAUGGAGAACCUGAGCAGGAGACUCAAGGUGACCAGUGACUUGUUCGAUAUCAUGUCAGGCCAGACGGAUGUGGACCACCCGCUGUGUGAAGAGUGUACGGACACACUGCUGGACCACCUAGACACCCAGCUGAACAUCACAGAGAAUGAGUGCCAGAACUACAACUCCUCAUUAACUCACAGGAACUGUCUGGAGCUCCUUGCACACAUGACAGAGGAGGAGGAGGAGACCCUACUGGGCGAGUUGAAGGACCUGAGCACUGAGGAAGAGCAUCUCAUCCAAGAGCUGGAGAACAUCGAGGCAACACGCAAGAGGGUAGCUGAGGACCUGGCCCGGAGCAGAGCAGAGACCGAGCGGCUCGACCAAGAGGAAUUGCAGUAUCAGAAGGAGUACAGUGAGUUUAAGAGACAGCAGCUGGAACUGGACGAUGAGCUGAAGAGUGUUGAGAAUCAGAUGCGAUACGCUCAGAUCCAGCUGGACAAGCUCAAGAAAACCAACGUCUUCAAUGCAACUUUCCACAUAUGGCACAGCGGUCAGUUCGGGACGAUCAAUAACUUCCGUCUGGGUCGUCUCCCUAGUGUUCCUGUGGAGUGGAAUGAGAUCAACGCUGCCUGGGGUCAGACUGUGUUACUGCUGCAUGCACUUGCAAACAAGAUGGGCCUGACAUUUCAAAGGUACCGUCUCGUUCCUUAUGGAAAUCAUUCUUAUUUAGAGUCACUCACAGACAAAUCAAAGGAACUACCCUUGUACUGCUCAGGAGGCCUGCGGUUCUUCUGGGAUAAUAAGUUUGACCAUGCAAUGGUCGCCUUUCUGGAUUGCGUGCAACAGUUCAAAGAGGAGGUAGAGAAGGGGGACACUGGCUUCUGUCUUCCAUACAGAAUGGAUGUGGAGAAAGGCAAAAUUGAGGAUACCGGUGGGAGCGGUGGUUCUUACUCUAUCAAGACCCAGUUUAACUCGGAGGAGCAGUGGACAAAGGCACUCAAGUUCAUGCUGACAAAUUUGAAAUGGGGCCUUGCCUGGGUGUCUUCCCAGUUCUACAAUAAAUGACAAUUUGCACUUAACAAAAUAAUGGUAUCUUGACAAUUUUGAUCCAGGAACGUACAGCUGAUACUACAGUGAACAAUUUCAGCAUCUUCAGAAGAGCAUUUAGAUUAAAUGGACCUUCAGUCAGUCAAGCCUCUUUUUUUCAUAAAUUUAGUGGAUUAUCGUGUAUUCUUAACUGCCAAAAUGUGUCUUGAUAAUGGCUAUAUAAGCAACAUGUGCAUAGUUCUCGAAUACACAGCAGAUGACCCAAGUAUAACAGCCUUUUUGUUUAGGGCAGCAGUGUGGAGUAGUGGUUAGGGCUCUGGACUCUUGACCAGAGGGUUGUGAGUUCAAUCCCUGGUGGGUGACACUGCUGUUGUACCCUUGAGCAAGGUACUUUACCUAGAUUGCUCCAGUAAAAAAAACAACUGUAUAAAUGGGUAAUUGUAUGUAAAAAUAAUGUAAUUGUAUGUAAAAAUAAUGCGAUAUCUUGUAACAAUUGUAAGUCGCCCUGGAUAAGGGCGUCUGCUAAGAAAUAAAUAAUAAUAAUAAUAAUAAAUAAUGUCACAUAUUGUAGCUGUUUUUGUCCACAGCAAUAUGUCAGUGUUGAUAUGGUAGUCUAGCAUGGGCAUACCACUGUUAACUGGUCUGUGACUUUCCUUAUGAGGGGGCAGUAGACGAGUAGUCAGUAUAACGUUUACUGUAUGCACUUAUCUUACUGAAUACAGACACAGUAUGGGAAAUUAUGGUUGUCAAUAUGUCUCCCAGUGAAGUUUCACCAUUGAGUCUUUUCUAAUGCAGUUAGUGUUGUGCAAAUCAUAUGUAGCCUAAACUAAUGCUUCAUGGCAGUCGUUUAGAACUUGGCUUUAACCAAGAGACAGACAUAUGUAUAGACCUAACUUCAUAGUGUUUACUGAUGUCAGGGGCCUAAUGUUGCACCCAAUUUUAGUAAAUUGUAUGAACUAAUAAAUGCAUAUUUAAUUCAACA